AUGGCUUCCAUCAACCAAUCAGCUCAAUCUCUCAAGGCUCUUCACAAGCCCGGUUCUCCCCUCGUGCUCUCCAACAUCUGGGACGUCUCAUCUCUCAAUGCCAUCGUCUCCCUAAACUCAGAAGCCUCCAAGCCCGUCAAGGCACUGGCAACAGCAUCAUGGGCCAUCGCUGCCAGUCUUGGCAUUAAAGACGAAGAACUCACCAUGGUGCAAAAUCUCGAAGCCAUCUCUCGAAUUGCCCCUCUUGCAGAAGAGGCAGGCAUUCCUCUUUCUGUAGAUCUCCAGGAUGGCUACGGAGAUCUCAUCACUGCCGUCGUCACUGCCGCCGUAGAAUACGGGGCCGCUGGAGCCAACCUCGAAGAUAGCAUCCCUUCCGCUGGUUUCGGCAAGGGCAUCUCUGGUUCCCUCUAUAAGCUUGAGGAUCAAGUUGCCCGGCUCAAGCGUGCUUUCGACGCCGCCAAAGACGCCGGUGCACCAGAUUUUGUCAUCAACGCUCGAUCUGAUAUCUUCCGCUUGGAUUCUCCUGAUUUGAGUCUCGAAACUCGGGUAGCUGAGGCUAUCAAGCGUGGCAAGGCGUACCUUGACGCUGGUGCUACGACAGUUUUCUUCUUCGGUGGUCCAAACGGCCUAAGUAGCGAAACCAUCAAGACACUAGUCAAGGAGUUGGAUGGAAAAGUCGCCGUUAUGCUGUCUGCACAGCCUAACUCUCUCACCACAACUGAUCUUGCCAAUGUUGGUGUUGCGAGAAUCAGCGUUGGACCUAGCCUGUACAUUGCUGCUCUGAACGCAGCCAAGGCAAAGGCUCUGCAAAUGUUUUCUGGUGGCGGAUUGGCAUAA